AUGACGGGGCCGGGUGCAGUAGACAGAUCCCUGUCCUCCCGCCGCUUGUCUGUGAAGAGCACAUUGGACGGGUCUCUGGAUCUUGACGGAGCAGAAAGCACAUUCAGCCGGUCUCAGUCAGUAUGUGAUGACACAUCUUCUGAGCUCCAGAGGGUUGCAGCCUUGGACCCUCGUGACGGACCAUCCAGAAGCUCCUUCAUAGGGAGAGGCGCCAUGUCCCGGCUGGUGACUUUGGUGGUCACUUUAAGAGACUGGGCUCAUCGCAGUUUGAUCGAGGAGGAACCGCGUCCAGAUUCCUUCCUGGAGCGUUUCCGAGGGCCUGAGCUCCGACCUCCGCCCAGUCGCAUGAGCAAUAAGACUGAUGCCAAUGGCAACAUGGAGAAAGCCACCUUCAAGAAGAAGAGAGAAACAUUUGUGUUGUCACAAUCUGAUGAUGCGUACUACCGCUGGUUGUUUGUCAUUGCCGGUGCUGUGCUAUAUAACUGGGUCUUACUGGUGGCCAGGGCAUGUUUUGACCAGCUUCAAACCCAAAACCUUAUUAUGUGGCUGGUUCUGGACUACUCUUGUGACGCCAUCUAUAUCCUGGACACCAUUGUACGCUUACGUACAGGAUUUCUCGAGCAGGGACUGCUGGUGAAAGACCUGUCCCGGCUGAGGGACAGCUACAUACACACCCUUCAGUUCAAACUGGAUGUGCUGUCUAUGUUGCCCACUGACCUGGCCUAUUUUAGCACCGGAAUCCAUACUCCGCAGUUACGCUUCAACCGAUUGGUCCGUUUUCCACGUAUGUUUGAGUUCUUCGACCGCACUGAGACACGCACCAACUACCCGAAUAUCUUCCGGAUCUGCAACUUGGUGCUCUACAUCCUGAUCAUCAUCCACUGGAACGCUUGCAUCUAUUAUGCUAUCUCAAAAUCUCUGGGGUUUGGCUCAGACCAGUGGGUCUACCCGAACAUUUCGAACCCUGAGUACGGGUCUCUGACACGCAGCUAUGUCUACUGCUUAUACUGGUCUACGCUCACUCUCACCACCAUAGGAGAGAUGCCAGGUCCUGUCCAGGAUGAGGAGUAUGUGUUUGUGGUGUUCGACUUCCUGGUGGGUGUACUAAUCUUUGCCACUAUUGUGGGAAAUGUGGGCUCCAUGAUCUCUAACAUGAAUGCCACGCGAGCAGAGUUCCAAGCCCGUAUAGAUGCCAUUAAGCACUACAUGCACUUCCGCAAGGUUAGCCGUGAGCUGGAGACACGAGUCAUAAAAUGGUUUGACUAUCUCUGGACCAAUCAGAAAGCUGUUGAUGAGCAGGAAGUGCUGAAGAACCUUCCGGACAAGCUGCGGGCAGAAAUUGCCAUCAAUGUGCAUCUGGACACACUGAAGAAGGUGCGCAUCUUCCAGGACUGUGAGGCUGGGCUGUUAGUGGAGCUGGUGCUGAAGCUUCGUCCUCAAGUGUAUAGCCCAGGAGAUUACAUAUGCCGCAAAGGGGACAUUGGGAAAGAAAUGUACAUCAUAAAGGAGGGUAAAUUAGCAGUAGUGGCAGAUGAUGGGGUGACACAGUAUGCUCUUUUGAUUGCUGGCGGAUGCUUUGGAGAAAUCAGCAUCCUCAACAUUCAGGGCAGUAAAAUGGGCAACAGACGAACUGCCAACAUCCGCAGCAUUGGCUACUCCGACCUGUUCUGUCUGUCCAAAGAUGACUUGAUGGAGGCUGUGACAGAGUAUCCUGAUGCAAAAAAGGUUCUAGAAGAACGGGGAAGGGAGAUCCUGACGAAAGAGGGGCUUCUCGAUGAAACCAUGGCCUCUGGAGGUCUGGGUGUCAUGGAUACCGAAGAGAAGGUGGAAAGGCUGGAGUCAUCUCUGGAUGUGUUGCAAACGCGCUUCGCUCGCUUGCUUGGAGAGUUUGCGUCCAUGCAGAAGCGCCUCAAACAACGGAUUACAGCUCUGGAACGGCAACUCUGCCACACGGGCCUCGGAUGUCUGUCAGACCACGAGGCUGACGUGGACAUAGAAGCAAACACAAGUGCACACGUUCACGCACAAACGCACUCGGAGACGGAUGAACGAGCAGACAUAUCCACAGGAUCACACGUGGACGUGGACACAGAUGAGGUCAAAAGGGCGUCAAGAGAUCUACCAGCUGAGAACUGUGACCAGGUGACAAAGGAAGCUCUGACUUCAAAGAAUGAAACAUGA